CGGGCAGGAGCGGAGCCGACAUGGCGGCCGGCGCGGUGCGGCGCUGGCCUUGGGGCCCGGCGCGCAGGCUCGGGCUGUCCGCCUGCCGCAGCUACAGCAGUGGCGGGAGCAGCUCCCCCGGGGUCCCCCUGACGGCGCCUCUGCCCGGUGCGCCGACGCCCCUCUUCGCCACCGCCGACGCCCGGGAGGGCUUCGAGACGAAGGUGACGGUGCUGGAGAACGGGCUGCGGGUGGCCUCCCAGAACAAGUUCGGCCAGUUCUGCACGGUUGGGAUUCUUAUAAAUUCAGGAUCAAGAUAUGAAGCGAAAUAUGUUGGUGGUAUUUCUCAUUUUCUGGAAAAGCUGGCUUUUUCGUCCACAGCUCAGUUUGGCAGUAAGGAUGAAAUCCUCCUCACCUUGGAAAAGCAUGGUGGCAUCAGUGAUUGCCAGGCAUCAAGGGAUACCACAAUGUAUGCCAUUUCUGCAGAUGUUAAAGGCCUGGAUACUGUAGUUGGUUUGCUGGCUGAUGUGGUGCUGCAGCCCAGGUUAACAGAUGAAGAGAUUGAAAUGACUCGUAUGGCAGUUCGCUUUGAAUUGGAGGACUUAAACAUGAGACCUGAUCCAGAGCCAUUGCUCACAGAGAUGAUUCAUGCGGCAGCUUACAGAGGAAACACUGUGGGAUUGAAUAGGUUCUGUCAAGCAGAGAACAUUGAGAAAAUCGACAGAAAAGUCCUCCAUUCAUACCUGCAGAAUUACUACACACCUGACAGGAUGGUGUUGGCUGCUGUAGGGAUUGAGCAUGAAAGGCUUGUGAACUAUGCCAAGAAGUACCUCCUUGGAAUCAAGCCAGUGUGGGGAAGUGCAGUGGUCAAGGCUGUCGACAAGUCAGUUGCCCAGUACACUGGCGGGAUACUCAAGCUUGAAAAGGACAUGUCAGAGGUUAGUUUGGGGCCUACUCCAAUUCCAGAAUUGACCCACAUCAUGAUUGGGCUGGAAACCUGUUCAUUUCUGGAAGAAGACUUCAUUCCCUUUGCUGUGUUAAACAUGAUGAUGGGUGGCGGUGGAUCUUUUUCAGCUGGAGGGCCAGGCAAAGGCAUGUUCACCCGGCUGUAUCUUAAUGUACUCAACCGGCAUCACUGGAUGUAUAAUGCUACCUCCUACCAUCACAGCUACGAGGAUACGGGCCUUAUGUGCAUCCAUGCCAGUGCAGACCCAAGGCAGGUCCGAGAAAUGGUGGAAAUAAUUACCCGGGAGUUCAUUUUAAUGGCAGGAGCAGUGGGAGAGGUUGAGCUUGAGCGAGCCAAGACCCAGUUGCAGUCCAUGCUCAUGAUGAACCUGGAGUCCCGGCCAGUGAUUUUUGAGGAUGUCGGGAGGCAAGUGUUGGCAACAGGCAUGCGGAAGCUGCCGCAUGAGCUCUGUGUUCUGAUAGGUAAAGUAGGAACAGAAGACAUCAAGAGGGUGGUAACAGAGAUGCUGCAUAAAAAGCCAGCAGUUGCUGCACUAGGGGACUUAACAGAGCUGCCCAGUUAUGAAAAUAUCCAGGCAGCCCUCUCCAGUAAAGAUGGGCGACUCCCGCGAGUAUACCGGCUGUUUCGGUAAAGCUGCAGCAGACACCGCACAGAGGUUUCCUGUGGUGUGGAAUAGGGUAUUGGCGUGUGCAAGAAGUGCAGCAGAUCACUCUUCAGCCACCUGCAGAGCUGGUCUGGUGUGUGUCAGUUCAGGUGCCUUGGGCCGUCACUCUUCCCUGCAAGACUUCUUGAGGUGCUGAGAUAGCUUGCUUGGUUUCUUCCGGAUUUGAGGUGUUAUCCAUGCUGAUAUCUUAAAUCAGAUGACUGUUAAGCAGCUGACCAAGACCUGUCAUGAAUCAUGGAAGAUAAUACAAAUUAAAAGUUCAGUAGGCCAGGCAUCCUGUAACAUCUUGAUUUUUACUUGUGCAUAAAAAAAGACUUCUUGUGGUUAGUAAACCCAUCUUCCUUUAA